CUAGCCCAGGCGAGGCGGCGGCGGCUAUGGCCACGGCCGGAGCGCUGGCGGGUCUGGUCGCGGGCUUGCAGGGCCCGCGGGUCGUCCCCAGCCCGGAUUCGGACUCAGACACAGACUCGGAGGACCCAAGUACCCGGCGCAGCGCAGGCGGGCUGCUCCGCUCGCAGGUCAUCCACAGCGGUCACUUCAUGGUGUCGUCGCCGCACAGUGACUCGCUGACCCGGCGGCGCGACCAGGAGGGGCCCCUGGGGCUCGCCGACUUCGGGCCGCGCAGCAUCGACCCCACACUCACCCGCCUCUUCGAGUGCAUGAGCCUGGCCUACAGUGGCAAGCUGGUUUCUCCCAAGUGGAAGAAUUUCAAAGGCCUCCAGCUGCUGUGCCGGGACAAGAUCCGCCUCAACAACGCCAUCUGGAGGGCCUGGUAUAUCCAGUAUGUGGAGCGGAGGAAGAGCCCCGUGUGUGGCUUCGUGACCCCCCUGCAGGGGCCUGAGGCUGAUGAGCACCGGAAACCGGAGGCCGUCGUCUUGGAGGGGAAUUAUUGGAAGCGGCGCAUCGAGGUGGUGAUGCGCGAGUACCAUAAGUGGCGCAUCUACUACAAGAAGCGGCUCCGUAAGUCCAGCAGGGAAGGGGAUCUCCUGGCCCCAAAGCAGGUGGAAGGGGGGUGGCAGCCACCGGAGCGAUGGUGCGAGCAGCUCUUCACCAGCGUGGUGCCCGUCCUGCUGGCGGGCCCAGAGGAGGAGACCAGCGGGCGGCAGCUUCUGGAUCUCGAUUGCUUUCUGUCCGACAUCUCCGACACACUCUUCACCAUGACUCAGCCCGGCCCUACACCCCUGCAGCUGCCCCCCGAGGACGCCUAUGUUGGCAACGCUGACAUGAUCCAGCCAGACCUGACGCCUCUGCAGCCCAGCCUGGAUGACUUCAUGGAGAUCUCAGAUUUCUUCACCAACUACCGCCCCCCACAGACACCUACACCCUCAAGCUUCCUGGAGCCCCCCAGCUUCAGCCCCAUGGUUGACCCUGUCCUCAGCAGUGGGAUCCUGGGCUCAGAGGUGCCCUCUGCCUGCUCGGGCAUGACCCACCUCUCGGGACACAACCGCCUGCAGGCUCGGAGCAGCUGCCCUGGCCCUCUGGACUCCAGUGCCUUCCUGAGCUCUGAUUUCCUGCUUCCUGAAGACCCCAAGCCCAAGCUCCCACCCACUCCCACACGCCCACCCCUCCUCCAAUACCCCAGCCCUGCCAAGGGGCUUGGCCUGGAGCCCUGUGCCCCACCCCCUUUCCCUCCCAUGGCUCCACUGCCUGCUAUGCUGCAGGAAGAGCCUGUCUUCUCUCCCAGAUUCUCUUUCCCUCCUGUCCCUCCUGCCCCGGGAGUGUCCCCACCGUCUGCUCCCACGGCCUUCGCACCCACCCCCCAGCUGGGUCCAGGCCCUGCCCCCGCCCCCUUCCCCUUAGACCUUCUACCCUCGGGGUAUUCGGAGCCCCCAUUGGGGCCUCACUUCACCGUGCCCCAAGGCACGCGGCCCAGAGGCAAGCCCCCUACCCAGUCCCCCAGGGGGCAGAGGCCCAGCCCCCCCACCUUGGCCCCUGCCACUGCCGGGGGCAACAAUCCUUGCCUCGCACAGCUGCUCACAGCAGCCAAGCCUGAGCAAGCCCUGGAACCUGCGCUUGUGUCCAGCGCCCUCCUCCGGUCCCCAGGGUCCCCGGUAAGAUGGCGGGCACUGGGAGGUGGCGGUGAACCCCGGGGCUUCACCCCGACUCUCUGCCCUUCUCCACCCCAGCAGGAGAUAGCCCCCGAGUUCCCCUGCACCUUCUUUCCCCCGACCCCGGCCCCUACACCGCCCCGACCACCUCCGGGUCCAGCCACAUUGGCCCCUCCCAGGCCCCUGAUUGUCCCCAAAGCGGAGCGGCUCUCGCCCCCAGCACCCAGCGGUAAAGAGGGGUUGCAGGGAUCGGGGAGCUCUGCGGGAGGGAGGGAAGGGAAGGAAGAAGGGGGGACUACAUCUGGGGCCAGGAUGAGAGGGCCAGGGAAAUGGGACCCUCUCCCCUGUGUUGGUCUGUCUGUGGGUCUGUCUGUCUCUGACACAGGUGGUGAGCGGCGGCUGUCUGGGGAGCUCAACUCCCUGCCGGGCCCGGGGACUCUGAGCAUGUGCAUCUCUUCCCCUCAACGCAUCCUAAGCCGGGGCCAUCCGGACAACAAGACCGAAAACCGGCGCAUCACACACAUCUCUGCGGAGCAGAAGCGGCGCUUCAACAUCAAGCUGGGGUUUGACACUCUGCACGGGUUGGUGAGCACGCUCAGCACCCAGCCCAACCUCAAGAUGAGCAAAGCCACCACGCUGCAGAAGACAGCCGAGUACAUCGCCAUGCUGCAGCAGGAGCGAGCCGCCAAGCAGGAGGAGGCCCAGCAGCUCCGGGACCAGAUCGAGGCGCUCAAUGCCGCCAUCAACCUGUGCCAGCAGCAGCUGCCUGCUACGGGAGUGCCCAUCACACACCAGCGGUUCGACCAAAUGCGAGACAUGUUCGAUGACUACGUCCGGACCCGCACACUGCAUAACUGGAAGUUCUGGGUGUUCAGCAUCCUCAUCCGGCCUCUGUUCGAAUCCUUCAAUGGGAUGGUGUCUACGGCAAGCCUGCAGAGCCUCCGCCAGACCUCACUGGCCUGGCUGGACCAGUACUGCUCCCUGCCUGCUCUCCGACCAACUGUUCUGAACUCCCUACGCCAGCUGAGUACAUCUACCAGUAUCCUGACGGACCCGGACUGUAUACCCGAGCAAGCCACACGGGCAGUCACAGAGGGCACCCUUGGCAAAUCUGUAUAGUGCUGGCCGGACCGUGCUGCUCACUCAGCUGCCCUGGGGCUGCUCUCCCUGGGCACUCCCCUUCUGCUCCGGGUCCCGGCUGUCAAGCAGGGUUUCUUCUGAUCUCCUGGGAACCGGGAAGAACUGAGUUCCAGUCCCUGCUCUACUAUAGCAACAAUGCUGUGACCUGGGGAGAUCAUCCUCCCUCUUUGGACCUCCAUUCUCCAGUCUGCAAAAUGGGGACGGGGAAGCUUCAAGUAGAAGAGGAUCCCAAGGCCUUAGCAGCUGUGGCGCUUGGGGGCCUAAGCUGGCAACUCGGGGAGUUUGAAAGAGGGAAGGGGACGAUGCUUCCUUGUCACUCCCACCUGCUCCACCCACAGGUCAGGCACAGGCUUCUGUUUCUAAGCCGGGAAGGAGAAAAGGAGGUUCCUUCUCUCUGCUCCUCCACUGGUAGCCUGGACGGGCUGCAGGAUGGCAUCCCUGAGUAAAGCCAGGAAGGUCUGAUCCCAGGAGAGAGCAGGGCAGGGGGUGGCCAAGCCAGGGGAGGCAUCUGGUAUGUGUGUGGAUGAGUGUGUGUGGAUUUUGUAAAGAAUUCUUGACCAAUAAAAACAGAAACUGUCA